AUGAGCACGCGGACGCUCGAAGGCUGGACCGAUGGGCUGCGGGCUGCCGAAGCAGCGUAUGACAUCGACGAGGCCGUGCGCCUGCUCGUGGCGGACAACGACCUUCUAGCAACCCACUACAAGGCGAUGGCUACGCACGUUCUCGAGGCCGUGGUCCCGGCGUGGGUCACGACGACGGUCGCGGACGCUGCAGCUCUGGCGAUCGUGCCCGCGGUCGAUACACUCUUGUCUGUCGCCACUGCCGAGACCUGGCGCCACGUGCAGAGUCUUUUUCUCGCGCUUUAUGACGUUGUGGGCCGGCGCCAGCUACCUGCGCCGUCGCACGACAUGGCGCUGCGUCUCCUGAAGCGCUUCCUCGACGACGACGGUCUCUAUCGAUUGCAGGCCGAGAUGAUGGCGGCGCCGCCCAAAACCAAAAGCGUCGCCGACGAGUCCCUCGUUGCAAAGCUCUGCGCGCUGCCGGCAAUCGUGUGCAACCUCGAUUCACCGCAGACGCAGCGCGAUUUUUUGCCAUCGACUUUCUUUCCGCGGCUCGUGACGGCCUUUGUGCGUCACCGAAGCGCCGUCUUCAGUGGCCACAUCGGCGCGCUCCUCGUGCCCAAGCUCGUGCGUCUCGGCCACGCCAAAUGCGUUGCGUCGCUGUGGCUCGCCAACUGCGCGUCGCCGAGCGAGCACUACCGCUGGCUCGAGAUGCUUCCGUCGUCUGCGUACGAAGGCCUCUUCUCCGAGACGAUGCGAUUCGCCGCCAAUGAAGCGUCGGUGACGGUGGACUGGGCAACGCUGCUGCCAACGAGCAUCGUCGAGCAGAGCAUCUUCCAGCACGUGCUGAGCCACAAGCUGCUGCUCCACGCCAAGACUGCGCUGCCUUUUGCAGCGAUUGAAGCAGCGGUUCGCGUGCUUUCUGGACCUACGACGCACGCAAGCCAGUAUGAUGACAAGGCGCAGUCGCCUCUUGUGCACGUGCUCGACAAGCUCAUCCAGGCUUGGGCGUUUGGCUGCUCGACGGACGCGGACGUCGAUGGCAGUGGCGCCACGUUCAUCGAGCUCGGUCUCGCAGAGCUCUCGACGCGAUAUGUCGACGCCCGCGCCGUCGUUGAGACCCGGGGCUGGAUCGGAUCGCUGAGCAUGGGCAUCCGAGAACGGAUGGGGCAUUCGCUGCAAGGGACACGGCAGUGGGGCAUGGUCGUUGCGAUCGCGCUCUCCAAGGUCCUCACGCCGGAGACGCCGCUGACCUUCGAAGGCGAAGACUUGCCUCAUCGCGGGACAGCCCCCACGACGACAACGGCGCCGCUCGACCCAUUGCCCGUCGUCGCCACGGUGUCGGCGCCGAAGAAACCAUCUCGCAUCGACCCUGAUGCUAUCGUCGACAGCGACGACGACAACAACGACGACAACGACGACGACGACGACAACGACGACGCGGCGUCGGACAUGAGUCUGGAGCCGUACGAGCUCAGUGACGACGAGGACGAAGCCGUCGACGCGACCCCGCCGAUGGUGUACCUCCUCGAUGUUCUCGAGGGGCUGCAACAAGACGACGACCGCGACCGCGCCGAACUCGCGCUACGUUCGCUGCCCGCACUCCUUGACCGGCGGCCGUACGACCUCCACGACUUGGCCGUGACGCUCUGCCGGGCCGUGACGCGUCUCGACGACACGUUCCAAACACCGCACUUUGAUGCGCUGCGCAAAGCGUCGUUGCGGGGGCUCGUGCUCGAAGCGCCGGCGCAGGCACUGCCGGCGUUGGCAGCGCAGGUGUUUGAUUCGGAAAAGCUCUUUCAAGUCAAGCUCGACAUCCUCUCCGUGCUUGCGCUCGCCGCCCCAAACGUCAAAGUCGACAAGCCGAACACGCUCAGUCUCUUCUUCUACCCUCUGCUUUUGCCGCUGCAGGCGCAGCUUGCAAACGCAGCGAGCAAGAUGCACUCGCUCGACCACGUCUUGAUGGCCCACGUGUUGCAGACGCUGGCGGCGGUGCUCGAAGCGUCCGGGCAGCACGGACCCCGCACGAUCUCGAUGGCAACGGCGUUUCUCGAGCUCAUUUGGUCCCAGCGAGCGCACGAGCUGCCAAGUGUCCGUCGUCAGGUGCUCUUUGGGCUCAGCCGCGUCCUCCUCGUGCUGCCAGCGUUUGCGUGGAGCGAGCAGGUCGCCCGCCUCGGCCUCCAGACGUCGCUCGUCCCGUACCUCGAUCAGUUGCGCCAGUGGGACCCGGACCACGGCUGCCGGUCCGCGGCCGGGCUCCUGCUCACGACCGUCGAUACAGGCGCGUUCUUGCCAUGACGUGGCGCGCUGCGCAGACAAACCUGUAACAAUAUAUGCCACAC